GGACUCUGGAGCUCCUCCUACUCUUGAGAGAGAGAGAGAGAGAGAGAGCGAGAGAGAGAUCGACCUCUCCCACCGCCACCAAUGGCGAACCUCUCCAGCCUCAUCCAGGACCUUCGCGAACGCAUCGCCGCAUCAUCAUCGCCUUCCUCCUUCGCCUCCUCCUCUUCCUCCUCCGCCGCCGCCGCCAUUAACGGCGAGGACCCCUUAGAGACCAAGUUCCGCACCGUACUCCCCAACCUCCUCCACGCGUACGUCGUCCCCUCCUCGACCGCGAACGAGAGGGAGGUCACCGCUGUGCUCAAGCUCCUCUCCCACACCGCGCGCAACUUCCCCGGCGUCUUCUUCCACGGCCGCGCCGCGGCAGUACUUCCCGUCGUCGGCCGCGUCCUCCCCUUCCUCGCCGAGCCGAUCUUCCUUUCCCGCCAUGGGGUGAUCUUCGAGACGGUUUCGUCUCUCCUCUCCCUUCUCCGCACCGGAGAUAGAGAGGCCUACCGCCAGUUCUUCCUGGAUGCGAUGCUAGCUGUAGAAGAUAUUCGAUACGUGGCGUCAGGACAUUCAAAUGCAGUGCCUGGUAGAGUGUUAAUUAAGUGUUUGUGUGAUUCGUUUGCUGGGAUUUUGGACUUGCCUGCAAUAUUCAGUGAGCUCCCGGCCUGUUGCCGGCCUGCGAGUGGACCAGGCGUGCUGAUUGAUAUAACUGGUGAUGCAAGGUGGCAGCCUUUUGCUGUGUCGAUGAUUAAACUCAUUAUUAAGUGUUUAACAGAGGGAACGCUCUAUGUAGAAGGGCUUAUUAAUAUUUCUUUCGUAUCUGCGGCCUGUUCUCUUCUGUGCUAUGGGGAUGCAGCUUUGCACAUGGCUUGUUUUGACUUGGCACGGAUCAUUGGGACGGUUAUAGAUAUUGAGAUUCUUCCAGUUGAAAAUAUUAUUCGUUCAAUCACUUGCAUACUGGGGCAAGAUGGUAACGAGAUCGCUGAUUUCAGAAAUGCAGUUUAUGACUCUUCAAUGGGCGCUUGUCUCCAUGUACUGCAUUCAUCUUGUCAGGAUUAUGUUGUUGAAUCUACAGCUACCAACAUAGUUGAUGUUUUCCCAAGAUCAGUAGAGACCACUGAAAGCCUUGAGCUUCAGGUAGCAAUGUGUGCUGCAUAUAAACGAAUAGCUAGACUAUGCCCUCCACAGUUAUGGAAGCCAGAAAUUCUUGUGAAGAUGCUUUGCUUUGCAAAACCUUGUUUGCCUUUGAUUGAGUGCAUUCGGAUGGCUAUUGACUACAUUGGUUCUGAAAGUUUUGAACUGGAUUCUAUAGAUGCUGUAGAUAAUAUUUUGGGAAGUGAUGACGAAUCUGACUUGCGAAAAGUUGGUAAAAAGAGAUUUGCUCAGAAGGAAGAAAGUAUUGUCUCUAAGCGACAAAAGAUAACAGAAACAGGAGUAUUUCCUAGUGAUCCACACGCGGGUGGUAAAGUUGCUGCUAUGUUGAAAUCUGAAAAAGAAAAGGAAUUUGUAGAUGGCAUCCGGCGAUCACUUUUUAAAUUUGUUGGAUUUCUAAAACCACACAAUUUUAUCCCUAAUCCAAUGAAGCCGGAAACUGCCAUAGAGUCUCUUAGCCUGCUGUGUAUUGUGUUUUCAGUGUAUCCUAGUGGCGUUUUCUCCUUGAGAAUUUUUCAACAAGUCCUUUCCUGGAUACCUUGGAUUUGCAAGCAGGCAAAGGAGAGAUGUUCACUUUCAUUUGAUUUGUCCGUUUACCUUGAAGCAGUUCAUAGCAUAUUGCUUCUACAAGGCUUCCUUCAUGCACACAUGAAACUGUUCCAGAAGGAUAGUUGCUUGACUAAUGCAGACAUUACAGAUUGUGUUUAUCCACGAUAUGCUGAUCUUAUUGAUGUGCUAAAACUAGCAUGGGAUAGUCAUUGUCGAUUUACCCAAGCUUGUCCAAUCUGGAAGGUAAAAUGCCUCUCUGUACAAGUAUUUUCGAAAGUCGGCAUCAAACUUAAUGCUGAGUGCGAUCUUGAAAUGCUGGACUUGGCUAUUCAUGAUGAAGCCGAAGAGGUUCAAAAUGAAGCUUUGAUGUCACUGCCUAUGAUAAUCUUAUGCUCGGGCCCUAGUCUGCUUGAAGACAUGUUCAAACGACUGGAGUUAGUGGGUAGAGCUAGAAUUAAACAGCUUGGGAAACCUGCCAUUUUCUCCCUUGGCUUCAUGUCUUGCUUAAAUGGAUUCACUGGCAACAGUGAAGAACAGGAUAGAGGUUCUUGUAAGUUGUUUUUAGGCAUUAUUUGCGAAAGAGAGAUCUCGACUUUGGAUCUUCUGUUAAAAGGAUUCUGGUGCCCGCAAUGUGACAUAAGAGACUUGCAUGCUAAAGAACAAAUUUCUAAUGUUAUCCACAUGCCGAAGUCUCAAAACAACACAGAGAAUAGACUGGACUUCACUAAGCUGCAGUCCCUCUUUUUCCAGUUUCUUUAUGAAGUCACAUCAGAAGAGCUUGUAAUAUCCUGUGUCCAUGUCUUACCACGAAUUCUUCGGCAUGCCAGUCGAGAUGCUCUGCUUGAAACAAAAGUUCAAUGGAUUGAAUGUAUCAAUUUCUUACUAUUACACAAAUUAAAGGCAGUAAGGGAAGCAUUUUGUGCUGAGAUCAAUUGCUUUCUUGAGGAUCACAUUCUAGAUGUGCUAUUUAUGGAUGGAGAGGCAAGUGGCAAGACCAAAGUGCAGAAGUUCCUGGACAAAAUAAAACAUGCUUUGGAAGUAUCUGAAGAUCCUCAGAUAUUGCUGACUCUUUUGGAAACAACUGCUGAAAUUAUGAAUGCUAGUGGCAUCCAUGAAGAGUGUUUUCUCAGUUCAUUUAUUAUGCUCAUUAAUCAGCUUGAUAAUCAACAUCAAGCUGUAAGACUAACAGCAUUGAGGUUCAUUCAAAGGUCGUGCUACUGCAGCUCUAAAGGAGGAUUUGAACUUAUCUUCUCCCGUUAUUUCCAUAUUAGAGAUGAAAUAUACGAGUAUCUGUGUGCUAGACUUGCGAGUCGCCCCAUAAUGAUAAAAGAAUUUGCCGAAGCUGUAAUAGGAAUUAAAACUGAAGAACUUGUUAAAAAAAUGGUUCCUUUUGUUAUACCAAAGCUUGUUGUUUCACAAAAAGUCGAUAAUCAAGCUAUCAUCAUUUUAACUGAGUUAGCAAACCACCUAAGCACUGAGGUUGUGCCAUUGAUUGUAAAUUGGUUGCCCAAGGUGCUUGCUUUUGCUCUUCUUCAUGAAGAUGGCCAAGAGCUAUCCUCUGUUUUACAAUUUUAUCAAGCCGAAACAGGAUCUGAUAACAAAGAAAUAUUUGAAGCUGCGUUACCAGCACUUCUUGAUGAACUUCUGUGCUUUCCUGUGGAAGCAGAUUUGGAUAAGACAGAUAGGAGGAUUGUCAGAGUUCCUAUGAUGAUUAGGGAGGUCGCUAGAAUCUUGACAGGUUCUGAUGAUCUCCCUGGGUUUCUGAAGAACCAUUUUGUUGGUCUCCUCAAUAGCAUUGACAGGAAAAUGCUUCAUGCUGAUGAUCUUAGUUUGCAGAGACAGGCAUUAGAAUGCAUAAAGAAGUUAAUUGAGAUGAUGGGCCCUUAUCUCAGUACACACAUCCCUAAGAUUAUGGUUCUCUUGAUGUACGCCAUUGAUAAAGAAGCGCUGCAGAUGGAUGGUCUCGAUGUGCUGCAUUUUUUCAUAAGACAACUAACCGAGCUUUCACCUUCCAGCAUAAAACAUGUGAUGUCACAAGUUGUAGCUGCCUUUAUUCCGUCCUUGGAACGUUGCAAAGAAAGCUCCUCUUUGCACUUGAACAAAAUUGUCGCAAUCCUAGAAGAUCUUGUUGUCAAGAACAGCUUGCUGCUAGAUCAACAUAUUCGUGAGCUGCCACUCUUGCCUAGCAUUCCGGCUUUGUCAGAAGUAAACAAAGUCAUACAAGAGGCGAGGGGAUUAAUGACACUUCGGGACCAACUGCAGAAUGCUGUUUGUGGUCUUAACCAUGAGAGCUUAAACGUGAGGUACAUGGUGGCUUGUGAAUUGAGCAAAUUGUUCAACUUAAAAAGAGAAGAUUUUACUGCUCUGAUCAACGGCGAAGAUCUUGCAGAUAUGGAUGUCAUAAGCUCUUUAAUCACAGCCCUACUUAGAGGAUGCGCAGAGGAAUCGAGGACCACAGUUGGCCAGAGAUUGAAAUUGGUUUGUGCAGAUUGUUUGGGGACGCUUGGCGCUGUAGAUCCUGCAAAAUUUAAGGGAAUAUCUUCUGAACGUUUUAAGAUUGAAUGCUCCGAUGAUGAUCUCAUUUUUGAGUUGAUCCAUAAACACCUAGCGAGGGCUUUCAGAGCUGCUUCUGAUACAGUUGUCCAAGAUUCAGCUGCCUUGGCCAUUCAAGAGCUUCUAAAAUUGGCAGGUUGCCAAGCAUCAAUGAAUGAAAAUAUUAGCAAAGGACCACUAGAGACAUCUAAAUAUGGAAUUAGUGAAGAUGAGAGCAAUAUGAACAUGAGGGGCCAGAAGUUGUGGGAUCGUUUCUCCAAUUACGUUAAGGAAAUCAUUGCACCGUGCUUGACCUCGAGAUUUCAGCUCCCUAGUGUGAUUGAUUCUACUUCUGUUGGUCCGAUUUAUCGCCCGACAAUGUCAUUUAGAAGGUGGAUAUACUAUUGGAUCAGAAAACUAGCUGCCCAUUCGACAGGUUCCCGUUCCACUAUUUUUACUGCAUGCCGUGGGAUAGUACGGCAUGACAUGCAAACUGCCAUUUACUUGCUACCUUAUUUAGUGCUGAAUGCUGUUUGUUAUGGAACAUUAGAGGCACGGCAUAGCAUAACUGAGGAGAUCUUAUCUGUUCUUAAUGCUGCAGCCUCAGAGAACAGUGGGGCUACCGUUCAUGGAAUCACGGGAGGCCAAAGUGAGGUUUGCAUCCAAGCUGUCUUUACCCUACUUGAUAAUCUUGGUCAGUGGGUUGAUGAUCUUAAACAAGAGAUUGCUCUUUCCCAGCCUUUGCAUUACUUAGCCUCAAAAGCAGCGCCCAAAGUGAAAGGUAUAAAUGACUCUACUUCCAAUUCAGAACAGCUCUUAGCUCAGUGCAGUAAUGUUAGUGAACUCCUAGCAGCCAUUCCUAAAGUUACCCUUGCAAAGGCCUCAUUCAGAUGUCAGGCUCAUGCACGUGCUUUAAUGUAUUUUGAAUCACAUGUUCGGGAAAAGUCAGGCUCCUUCAAUCCUGCUGCUGAUAGUAGUGGCAUAUUUUCGGAUGAUGACAUUUCGUUUCUCAUGGAAAUAUACAGUGGUUUGGAUGAGCCAGAUGGUCUAUUGGGUUUGGCGAAUCUGAGAAAAUCUUCAAGCCUACAAGACCAACUUCUCAUUAAUGAGAAAGCCGGCAACUGGGCGGAAGUAUUAACAUUUUGUGAACAGGCAUUGCAGAUGGAACCUUACUCAGCUCAGAGACAUUCAGAUGUUCUCAAUUGCUUGCUGAACAUGUGUCAUCUCCAGGCCAUGAUCACACACGUGGAUGGUUUGCUCUCCAGGAUACCGCAAUACAAAAAGGCUUGGUGUAUGCAAGGAGUACAAGCGGCUUGGAGAUUAGGGAGAUGGGAUUUGAUGGAUGAAUACCUCUCUGAUGCUGAUAAGGAGGGCUUAUUGUGUAAUAACUCUGAGGCCAAUGCUUCAUUUGACAUGGGCCUUGCUAAGAUAUUUCAAGCGAUGAUGAAGAAAGACCAGUUUACAGUUGCUGAAAAAAUAGCGCAGUCUAAACAAGCAUUACUUGUACCUCUAGCAGCAGCUGGCAUGGAUUCCUAUAUGCGUGCGUAUCCAUAUAUAGUAAAGCUCCAUAUGCUAUGCGAAUUGGAGGACUUCAAUUCUUUGCUUGGCGAGGACUCAUUUCUUGAGAAGUCAUUCAGUUCAGAUGAUCCAAAAUUUACAGGAGUUAUGAAGGACUGGGAAAAUCGACUAAGGUUUACACAGCCAUCUCUGUGGACGAGGGAGCCAUUGCUUGCAUUUCGAAGGCUAGUUUACAGUCUUAACAGUAUGGGUACUCAAGUUGGAAACUGCUGGCUUCAAUAUGCGAAGCUUUGCCGCUCUUUUGGCCAUUAUGAGACGGCCCACCGUGCAAUACUAGAAGCACAUGCUUCAGGUGCUCCAAGUGUUCAUAUGGAGAAGGCUAAACUUCUCUGGAGCAUUAGAAAAUCCGAUUGUGCAAUAGCUGAACUACAGCAAACACUCCUAAACAUGCCUGCUGAAGUACUGGGCUCUGCUGUUACCUCUUCGCUCUCUAGUCUCUCACUAGCUUUACCAAAUGCACCUCUCUCUGCCACACAAGCAUCAAAAGAGAAUUUAGAUGUGGCUAAAACUAUUCUUCUAUAUACAAGAUGGAUUCAUCACACUGGUCAGAAACAGAAGGAAGAUAUUAUAUGCCUUUAUUCUAGGGUUAGAGAAUUGCAACCCAGGUGGGAAAAGGGUUACUUUUUUAUGGCGAAGUAUUGCGAUGAUCUCCUUGUUGAUGCUCGGAAGCGCCAAGAAGAUAAUCAAAUGCAGUCUGGAUUUGGAUUAUCCUCAAGCUCUUCUGGUUCCACUGGCUCCUUGAAUCAUUCAACUGAGGAGAAGCCUUGGUGGUCUUAUCUCCCGGAUGUAUUGUUGUUUUAUGCGAAGGGACUUCACAAAGGGCACAAGAAUCUUUUCCAAGCGUUACCUAGACUGUUAACUCUUUGGUUUGAGUUUGGAAGCAUAUAUCAUAGAGAUGGAUCCUCCUCCAAUAAACCUAUGAAAACUGUUCAUACAAGGGUCUUGAGCAUCAUGCGUGGUUGCUUAAAGGACCUCCCAACGUAUCAAUGGUUAACAGUAUUAUCUCAAUUGAUCUCUCGCAUUUGCCACCAAAAUGACGAGAUAGUAAGGAUAGUCAAGCAUAUUAUUACAUCAGUUCUGCAGGAGUAUCCACAACAAGCUCUGUGGAUGAUGGCUGCAGUUUCAAAAUCAACAGUCACUGCAAGGCGCAAUGCUGCAGCUGAGAUUAUACAAGCUGCGAGAAAGGGUUCCCGUCAUGGGAGUAAUAAUAACUCUCUUUUUGUUCAAUUUGCUAACUUGAUAGAUCAUCUAAUUAAGCUGUGUCUUCAUUCCGGGCAGCAAAAGGCGAGGACAAUAAAUAUCUCGACUGAGUUCAGUGCCUUAAAGCGCAUGAUGCCUCUAGAAAUUAUUUUGCCAGUUCAGCAAGCUUUAACUGUUACAUUGCCCUCUUAUGAUGCGAGUUCAACAGACCCUCGUUUCCAUGUUUUUUCGGCUUUUGAACAUGUUACUAUAUCUGGGAUAGCUGAUGAGGCUGAGAUCCUUUCCUCUCUUCAGAAACCUAAAAAGGUUGUCUUUCUUGGAAGUGAUGGCAUUGCUCGCCCAUUUCUAUGCAAGCCAAAGGAUGACCUGAGGAAAGAUGCACGUAUGAUGGAGUUCAAUGCAAUGAUUAACCGUCUCCUAUCUAAAUUCCCUGAGAGCCGCAGGAGGAAACUCUACAUUCGAACGUUUGCUGUUAUUCCUCUCACAGAGGAUUGUGGAAUGAUAGAGUGGGUUCCGCACACUCGCGGCCUGCGGCACAUUCUUCAGGAUAUCUACAUAACCCUUGGAAAGUUCGAUCGGCAGAAAACAAAUCCCUUGAUAAAGAAGAUUUAUGAUCAAUUCCAGGGUAAAAUGCCUGAGGAUGAGAUGUUGAAGUCUAAAAUCCUCCCGAUGUUCCCUCCCGUGUUUCAUAGAUGGUUCUUGACUACGUUUUCCGAGCCAGCUGCUUGGUUUAGGGCCAGGGUGGCUUAUGCACAUACCACUGCCGUGUGGUCGAUGGUUGGGCACAUUGUAGGGCUAGGCGAUAGGCAUGGAGAGAACAUUCUUUUUGAUUCAACAAGUGGCGACUGCGUUCAUGUGGAUUUUAGUUGCUUGUUUGAUAAGGGAUUGCUGCUAGAGAAGCCUGAGUUGGUGCCUUUCAGGCUCACCCAGAACAUGAUUGAUGGCUUGGGCAUCACUGGAUAUGAGGGUGUCUUCUUGAAGGUGUGUGAGAUCACUCUAUCAGUGCUAAGAACACACAGGGAGACACUAAUGAGUGUUCUCGAAACUUUCAUCCACGACCCCCUUGUGGAGUGGACCAAAUAUCACAAAUCCAGCGGAGUCGAAGUCCAAAAUCCUCACGCACAGAGGGCUAUCAGCAAUAUCAAAGCAAAACUACAGGGAGUGGUAGUCGGCGUUGCAGCGGCACCCUCUUUACCACUAGCUGUAGAAGGACAGGCCCGUCGACUGAUAGCUGAAGCCAUGUCACACAAGAAUCUUGGGAAAAUGUAUGUGUGGUGGAUGGCUUGGUUUUAGUAGUUUGUAUCUGACGUAGUAUUAUUCACAUUCUUUUGUUUUAUGGGUAUGGGUAUGAAUCAGGUAUAUAUCACCGUCUACAAGGAUUUUGCUUCUUACCUUGUAGAUGCCGCUAAUUAUUGUAAAUUUUGCUGUUUGAUGCACCAGAUAAGUGCAGUCCAGGGAAAGCUUACGAGCUCCAAAUGUAGAGUGUCAAGUCAUGUGGUUUGCUUGUAGUGUUCUGUUCGAUAUGAUAUCAAGAGUUUUCAACUUCUA